GCCACCCCUCCGUGCCCCCCGGGGGACCGAGCCGGAGGAAAACUGCCAAGGCGGUGUCGCCGCUGUUUUCUCGGUGUUGAGUCUGGUCGCAAUUUGCAUGGACCCGAUGCGGUGGCUUUGUUUUGUUGUAGUAUAAAAGAGCUGCAAGUUCAAGCGAGCCUGAAAAUAGGUCAGAGCUGCGAGCCCGGUCGUCCGUGGAUGUGCAGAAGGGAGUAACAGGAUGGCCGCGGACGUGAGGAAAAGAGGGAGCCAGGCGGCGAAGAGAGAGGUGGCCUCAGACGGCACCCAGGCAGAAGGUAGCGGCGGAGACGCCGUGGGAGCGCACCGAGGCUCCGCCGCGUCCAGCUGUUCGAGGCUACUCCCCACAUUACUGAUGCUGCUGGCCGUCCCCAUCGCCGGCAUCGGAUACAGAUACUACAAAGGGGUAGAGCUUCUUCAGCGGCAUGAAGCAGGUCUUCGAACCCUGGGCACUGAAGGGUUGUUCCUGUUCUCCUCUCUGGACACGGACCAUGACUUGUACCUCAGCCCAGAAGAGUUUAAGCCCAUUGCGGAGAAACUCACAGGCAUGUCCUCUCCAGUGGAGUUUGAGGAGGACCUGGUUGAGGACCCCAAUGGUGAAACCCUGACAGUGGAGGCGAGCAUGCAGCCCCUGCAGAUGGAGACCAUGACCAAAAGCAAGGACGGCUUUCUGGGGGUCACUCACAGCUCCCUGAGCGGCCUGCGGUCCUGGAGGAGCCCCGCUAUACCUUCCUCCGUCUACUCCGCCAGCCAGUUCAAGGCCUUCCUGCCUCCCAAGAACAAGCUGGACGUGGGUGAUCCCUGGUGGAUCAUCCCCAGUGAGCUGAACAUCUUCACUGGGUACCUGCCCAACAACCGCUACCAGCCUCCAGCCCCACGGGGCAAAGAGGUGAUUAUCCACUCCCUGCUCAGCAUGUUCCACCCCCGCCCCUUCAUCAAGUCCCGCUUUGGCCCUCAAGGCGCAGUCGCCUGCAUCCGAGCAGCCAGUGAUUAUUACUACGACAUCGUCUUUAGGAUUCAUGCCGAAUUCCAGCUCAACGACAUCCCCAACUACCCCUUCUGGUUCACGCCAGGCCAGUUCACCGGCAGCGCGGUGAUCUCGCGGGACGCCUCGCACGUCCGAGAGUUCCGCCUUUACGUUCCCAGUGACAGGUCGCUGAACGUGGACAUGGAGUGGCUGUAUGGAGCCAGCGAGAGCAGCAACAUGGAGGUCGACAUCGGCUACCUGCCCCAGAUGGAGCUGAAGGCCACGGGACCCUCUGUCCCCACCUUCAUACAUGACGAACACGGGAACGUGAUUGACAGCAGGGUGGGCGGAGCCGAUGGAGACCCCGUCCAGUUCGUGUUUGAGGAGAUCCAAUGGAAGUCGGAGAUCAGUCGCGAGGAGGCGGCUCGGCGCCUGGAGGUCACCUUCUACCCCUUCAAGAAGGUGCCCUACCUGCCGUUCCCCAAGGCCUUUGACAGGGCCCAGGCGGAGAGGAAGCUGGUGCACUCCAUCUUGCUGUGGGGAGCCCUGGAUGACCAGUCCUGCUGAGGUUCGGGGCGGACUCUCCGGGAGACAGUCCUGGAAAGUUCGCCCGUCCUGGCUCUGCUCAACCACAGCUUCAUCAGCAGCUGGUCCCUGGUGAAGGAGCUGGAGGACCUGCAGGCUGACACCCACAAUCCCGCCCUGAGCCGCCUGGCUGCUCUGCACCUGGAGAAGUACAACUUCCCUGUGGAGAUGAUCCUGGCGCUGCCCAAUGGCACUGUGGUGCACCACAUUAAUGCAAACUACUUCCUGGAUCAGACGGCCAUGAAGCCAGAGGAGGAGCAACGUACCACUUUCAGCUUCUCGGGGGGGUUUGAGGACCCUUCCACCUCCACCUACAUCCAGUUCCUCCAGGAAGGGUUGGAGAAAGCUAAAGAUUACUUAGGGUCGUAAGAUACUUUAGAGAACAAAUCUACAUGCUUGUAGAGAUAACGACGGUCCAACCUGGCUUCCAGAUGUUUUCCACACUCUGGAAGGACUAUGGGAAGCCCCCCCCCCAGCUGGUGGUUGACUCCACAGUGAGUCUGUCCCUCCUCAUCUGUUCUGAUUGUGUAGGAGCUGCUGGGUUUUGCCCAGUAUUGAGUUUAUGGCUCGUUUUAGCUGUCCUGUCAAGGGCUUGGCUCUUAUUCACCUGUAGCACACUGUGGGAGCCCCCCCCUCUCUUAGGGUGACUGUAUUAUGCUGAUGGUCCUAGUUAUGAAGACUCUGAUUCUAUGAUGGACUGACAUUCUGUCCCUUCUGCCAUAAGCGAAGGCUGCACUAUCAGAUAUUACUCUGAAGAUUUUUUAAACUUCAUUCUGUAUUCGUACGAUAGCCGAGUACAUUCCCUGGGCUUCCUGUGAACAUCAGUGCCGCAAUUUGUCCUCCAAGCCACACGGGGCGCUUGAACGUCUGCUUCCUCGGUUUUCAGCAUUUUGUGAAGGCCUGAUCCGAAAGUCCCGAGUGGAUGGGGCCAGGCCUGAUGUCAUUGCUGAAACCCUUAGGAGCAGCAUCAGUCCUCUGGUCCCUGGAGGACAGUGGUAGGUCUGAAGGUUGGCCUUCUGGGCACCUGACAUCAGCCAAAUGAAAGCAAUGGCUGCAUGUACUUUGAUUAGGAAUGGCAACUUCCCAAGAAAUUCAAACAAGAAUAUGUCACUGAUAUGAGGGUAGGGGACUUUGCUUUGGUCCCCCGUAAACAAGCCGUGCAUGAAGCUGGAUCACAGCAGGCCAGCUGCACGUGCUCAGAGCUGAUGGAGACUCUGCCGGCCGCCUGAUCUUCACAGGAGCUUCCUGCCUUAUACCACUGAUCAAAGGUUCCCUCAUCUGGCUAAAUAAAGUGAGACCUUUUUAAAA